AUGCCGGAAUCGGUCUCUGUCCUGUUCGUCUGCUUGGGGAACGUCUGCCGCUCGACAAUGGCGGAGGGCGUUUUCCAGUCCAUGACAAAGAAAGCGCCAUACAAGGGGUUGGUUUCCAAGAUCGACUCUUGCGGAACAGGAGCAUAUCAUGUCGGCGAAGAACCAGAUGAUCGAACCAUGGGCACACUAGAGGACCAUGGGAUAACAGAUUAUGUCCAUCAUGCUCGAAAGGUGCACCUGUCCGACUUUGACAACUUCGACUAUAUCUUCGCCAUGGACCGAUCAAACCUGUCUGAUUUGCAAAGACUACAAAGAAAUAAACCAAACGGAAAGGCGCAGGUGAAGCUGUUUGGAGAGUACUCCGGGACGGGCAAGACGGAGAUCGUUCAAGACCCCUACUACGGCGCGUUGGACGGCUUCGAGAAAGCGUACCAGCAAUGUACGCGCUUCUCCAAGAACUUUUUGAAGGAGAUCUUUCCAGAUGUCAAGUCAGAAUAA